AUGAUAACACUAGGUGCGAUUCGUUGUAGGCGUGUAGUCAGCCUGCCACGUGCACAGCGCCCGCGACUGCCACAGCUAGCACUCUACUCAACAAACCCUAAGGAAAGUACCUCACAAGCACAAAAACUAGACAGCGUCGUCCUCCCACCACCACGCGCUGAUGCAUCGCUGGCUGGUCGGUGGUGGCAUAAGGGCAAGACUCUCGUUAUCUUCUACUGGCGUGGCAUCAAGCAGAUAUGGCUCAACCGCCAAGUUGUACGCCAAAUAGAAGCCAGGCAACAGUCACACCCACUUACCCACAGAGAAUUUCAACUAGUAAGCACCCAUAAGAAGGAUAUAAAGAAAUUAGUCCCUUUCGCUAUCCUCUUUGUCCUCCUAGAAGAGAUUAUCCCCCUCAUCGCAUACCUCGCGCCUCAAGUCUUGCCUUCUACCGUCGUACUCCCAUCGCAGAAGGUCUCAAUCAGGAGGGCUGUCGAGCGCAGGCAGAAAUCUGCUCUGGAAACCUACCGCAACGCCUACAAUGAAGCCACUCGGCGACAAUUGGAAUCGGGGUUGAGUGGUGGUGUACACAUGUCCCCUCACCAAGUCACUCUCUUUCUCAAACUACUCGACCUCUCUACCAAAGGUACUUCUUCCAUGCGCCAGAAAAGACUAGAGAGGUACUUGGCCCAUAUAUCCCAAGAUGAUGAGUGUAUUCUCGGCCAGGAGGUGGAGAAUAUCAAAGCUACUGCAUUUUUAUCCGAAGGUGAAGUAAGUGAUGCAUGCAGCGCAAGAGGAUUCCUCACAUUAGACGUUAAAGACGAGGAUCUCACCAAAUUGCUCAACCAGUGGCUUCAUCAUCGCCAUUCAGAUAAUAUAUAUAAGCCAUUACACCUAAUCCUCAACCAGUCUGGUUACAGUAACGAUCAUCUUCACAUUAAGGAUACAAAGUGA